AUGAGCUUCCGAGGCUUUCAAAAGGGGCUCGCCCGAGCACCGCAACAAAUCAAAGCAAAGCUAAAUAUCGGCGACAAUACCAAAGACGCUGUCUACAUCGAUGCAGAACGCCGAUUCCAGGAUUUGGAGCGUGAGACGAAGCGCCUGCACGAUGAAAGCAAGAAGUACUUCGAGGCUAUCAACAGCAUGUUGCAGCACCAGAUCGAGUUUGCCAAGGCCAUGACCGAGAUCUACAAGCCCAUUAGUGGUCGCAUGUCGGAUCCCGAGACUCUCAAGGUAGACGGCAACCCGGACGGUAUCCGUGCCUGCGAGGAGUAUGAGGCCGUAGUCAAGGAUCUGCAGGAGACGUUGCAACCGGAACUUGAGAUGAUCGAAACUAGGGUUAUUCGCCCAGCGACUGAACUACUCGAUGUCAUUAAGGUAAUUCGAAAGACUGCGACCAAGCGCGAACACAAGAAACUGGACUAUGACCGCCACCGCAAUGCCCUCAAGAAGCUGCAGGAAAAGAAGGACAAGUCGUCCAAGGAUGAGAAGGCGAUGUGGAAGGUCGAAAACGAUUUGGAGCUGGCUACGCAGGAGUACAAUUACUACAACGACUUGCUCAAGGCGGAGCUGCCCAAGUUGUUCGAGUUGGAGCGCGAGUUCAUCCAGCCUCUCUUCCAGUCUUUCUACUACAUGCAGCUCAACAUCUUCUACACGCUACAUGAACGCAUGCAGCGCGUCGACAUUGGUUACUUCGACUUGACACUCGACGUUGAGGAAGCCUUUAUCCAGAAACGCGGUGAUAUCCAGGAGCGCGCAGAAGCCCUAACUAUCACCCGUUUCCGAACCACUGGCCGGCUGCGCGAGCCUAAGUACCAGCGCCCGGGUGCUGGCGCAAUUGAAGGCUCCAAGCCUGCUGGUUUGCUCACAGCCGGCACGUCAUCAGCGCAAACUUUGUCCACCUCUCCAACAGCGACGUCUCCUGCGACGGCCACCGCUACCACUUCCACGACCACUUCUGCAUCCUCGAAAUUCCCUGCCUACAACCCUUCAACACGCCCAAGCUGGCAGCAACAAUCCUCCGACUCUGUUGACAGUCCCCCACCUCCGUAUUCCUCUCCGGGCACCACUCCUGGCAUCGCAAAGCCUCUGUCGACAACAGCCUCAUCCCUUGCGGCUGCGGCUGCAGCCAAGUCCAAGCCUAAGCCGCCACCGCCGCCAAAGCCUAAGCCGGCACGGUUGGCGGCACCAAAGGUUGAGACGGUGACGGCAUUGUACGAUUUCUCGGCUCAGGCUGAAGGAGACCUGAGCUUCCGAGCGGGCGAUGUGAUCGAGGUGGUGCAGCGGACACAAAAUGAGAAUGAAUGGUGGACGGGGCGGCUGAAUGGAGUGGUUGGGCAGUUUCCUGGCGAUACUCCCUCCACUCUCAAAGCCUGCAUGGAUGCUGCCACGGGAGCAGUUCAACACGCAAUAGGCCAUAUGACGGGGGAUUCUUCAAAGGAGGAACAUGGCAAGGAGAAGCAGCGUAUGGCACGUUCCGAAUACGAGGAGUCUCAUGCAGUAACACGGCUUCGCGGAACAACCUCCUCCUCUACCGGCGCCAUUGCAGAGGAUCACCCAGACCGCCCCGAAGGGUCGUGGAAACAGACUGCCGGGACGGCGAAGCAAUUUAUCGGCAAUCUCGUGGGUGAUGAGAACUUGAAGCAAGCUGGCCGGGAGCAAGACAUGUCCGGACGAGCACAGGAGACCCGUGGCCAAAUCCGUGACUUCGCCUCUGGUUUAGGAGACCGUGUUAUCGGGGCUUUAGGCAGCGCAGCCGCAGACUUGACGGGUAACAAGGAGAAGCAAGCCAAGUUCAAGGAGAGACACGAUGUCGGGAAAACCAGGGAGCGCGGAGCAGAGGUUGGACUGCAGAAGAAGUUUGAGGACGGAAAGCAGGUGACGGAAUCUUAA